GAGCUUAGCAGCUGAUCAGCACAGGCUCCUGCCUUCACAGCACUAGCUUUCACAGGGCUCGGAAACCUACGGCCCAGGCCUGCCCCCAGGACACCACUGCCACCAGCUGCAACCCUGCGCCAUCACCAGCCACCCAGGCAUGAUUCCCUGAGCCUGCUGCUGACAACCACUACUCACUGCCACCUGCUGGAGCCUCCUCAAAUCUGCUGCCACCCACCAAGCCUGCUCCCAGCCACUGCUAUGCCAGGCCCUGCACCCACUGACACUCAGGUACGGGGGCCCAACUGGACACAUGCAGAGACCUCUGACAUCAUUGCCAUCUGGGGGGACAUUGAGGCCCAGCAGCAGUUUGCCCAUUCUACCAGGGCCAAUGCCCAUAUGUUCAAGGAGAUGGCCCGCCGGAUGCAAGAGUGCGGUCACCAGCGGACUGGCCAACAGUGCCGGGUGAAAGCCAAGGCCCUGAGGGCACAAUAUAUCCACUUCCGGGACAAUAAUAAGCAGUCAAGGGCCACCCCCAGGACUAUGCCCUUUCUCCAUGAGCUUGAGAAGAUCCUGGCCCCCACAGACCCUGGUGAGCCCCACCAGGUGUUCAGCAGUUGUGGUCUAGAGAAGCCCAUGAGCCAGGAGGACUCUCUGGGAGAGAGCACCUCGGGGCUCCCACACCAGGUCCCAGUGCACUCCUUGCUCUCAGCUUCACCCACCAGUUCAGGCAGCCCAGGCCACCAUCUGCCCUGGCUAUUCUGGAGGUGGCCCAGUGAGGAUGACAGGGGAGGGAUGUCCCCUGCAGAUGCUAGCUCCAGUUCGUCACAGGAGGGAGCUACUACCCGGCUGGCCAUCUGCCAUGCCUCACUACCCUGGGAAGCAUCAGCCUUCCAGACCUCAUCUCUGUGGCCAGGAACAACGCCCAACCAUGGGGAGCAUCUUCCAUACCCACCCGACCCAGCUGCUGGACAUGGGGGAGAACUACCUGGCAAUCACAGAAAUGGGACCCCAAGGACACCUGAAGACACUGCAAGUGCACACAACAUGCGCCGGCUCCGUCAGUGCAAGAGCCAGGAUUGGACAGCUCUCCUCAACCGGCUGGUCACUGUGUCUGAGGAGCAGCUUGAGGAGAGUCGGACCUGGCACCGCUGCUGGCUGCACGAGUUCCAUGAGAUGCGUCAGGCUAUGGAGCAAUCAGACUGCGAAGACCGUGAGGCAUGGCGGGUGGAGAGCGAGGUACUCCAUGCCCUCCUUCAGAGGCUGGUGGAGGCCCAGGAGGACCAGCGUGAUGUGGUGUAAUAGUUUCAUAGUUUCAUAGUUGGUAGGGUCAGAAGGGACCUAAGUAGAUCAUCAAUUCUGACCCCUUGCCAUGGGCAGGAAAGAAUGCUGGGGUCAAAUGACCCCGGCUAGGUGAUUAUCUAGUCUCCUUUUGAAGACCCCCAGGGUAGGAUUGAGCACCACUUCCCUUGGAAGUUGAUUCCUGAUCGUAGCCACCCUGACUGUGAAGUAAUGAGGACAAUUGGCACGUCACUGACUCUGUGCUGUCCACGGCAGUGUUUGGCACUACUCCUGGCAUCCUAGCAGCUGGCCAUGGGCCUGCCUCAGAACCUCCAGUGGUCAUGACUGCAGAUGCAGCAUCGCCUCAGCCCCUGCACCGUUCCUGGCCUCCGGGCACUUGGCCACCCUGCUUUGCCCACCAUCCUCUGUUCACCCCAGCUGCAUGCAGCCCCUGAGCAGGAGUUGGUUGUGGCAGGGCCAGCUCCCCAUGCAGGCCUUCCUUGCGUGGGCCCUGUGGAGGAGGAGAGGAAGUGGGUUGGAAAGCACCCACCCUCACCCUUAGCCCCUUGGGCUCACCGUGGCACCCAGACCUGAGUAGCUGACAGCCAAGGCUAGGGUGCCAAGCACCUCCCUCUAGGCUCUGUGCCCUGGGUGCUUCCUCCCCACUGUUCCUCCCCUGACACUUGUAAAUCAGUCACUCAGUCAGUCUCAAGCCCACACCAAGCAUUAGGGAAUGUUUGAUGUAGCAAUAACUUUCCUCCAUUCGUCCUGGUCUUUUGCAAUCCUUGUACAAUCAGUCAGUUUUAAUCCCAUCCAGUUUUGAUGUUGGUGGUCCAUCUUAUCCUAGGUCUUCCUCCUCUUUUUCCUCCAUCCACAGCACCCUGCAGGAUGGUGUUGGCAAAGGUGCCGGGCCUUCUUGUUACAUGUCCAAACCAUUGCAUCUCGCUUCUUCUUAUGAUUUCAAGUAAGGGUUCAUAUUUGCUGACUUCUUGUCUGAUUUGAUCUUUCACAGAUUCAUUUGUUCAUUUGUGCAGUGUAGGUUGUGUAGAAGUCUUUUGAAUCACUUCAUUGCAAAGGUCUCAAUUCACUUUUCCAAUGCUCUGGUGGAUGUCCAUAUCUUGCAGCCAUAAAGAAUUGUUGAAAUUACAACAGCAUAUAGUAGAUGGAAUUUCGUUUUCAUUGUGAUGUUGCUGCUAGUCCAUAUUUUCUUCAGCUUUGCUAGUUGUCCAGCGGUGAUGGCUAUUCUUGUUUUUACUUUUUUUCUGAUGUAGCAUCUUCUGUGAUGGUUGCUCCAAGUUAUUUAAAGUGUGUUACUGUUUCUAGUUUCUCAUUAGCAAUUUUUUUGGAGGCAUCAUCAUUACUACUGGCUGAUGUUAUCUUUAGUUUGCUCUUCUGCACACUAAUUUUCAUUCCAUGUCUCUUUGUAGCCUUAGGCAGCCUUUUUUGUUAUUUCCUUAAGGUCAUUUGCAGUUCCAGCUAUUAGAUCAAUGUCAUCAGCAAAAUUUAUCAUCCUCCAACUGACACUGCCAGUGAAGUUCUCUAUGGCAUCUGACUUGGUUUGUUCCAGGUAUAAAUUAAAUAAGCGUCAUGAGAAAAGACAACCUUGGCAUUCUCCUACUGAUGUUGCAAACCUGUCCAUAAUGUUGUUCUCCACCACUUGUAUUGUUGUAGAGUUCAUCUAUAAGACUUAUCAAUGUGGAACUGAUGUUAUGGUUCUUUAUUGUCAGACAAAGUGCUUUUUGCCACACCCUGUCAAAAGAUUUUCUAAAGCCUAUGAAAUUAUGAUGGAGUUCUUUUUGGUGGUCAUGGUACUUUUCACAUAUGAUUCUAAGGUUGAAGACCUGUUCUAUGGUGCUUCUUCCAGAUCUGAAUCCAGCUUGUUCUUCUGCUAAUACAUUUUCUAUUUGUGGCAUGAGCCUAUUUAAUAUUAUUCUAAGAAGCACCUUACUUAGACGACUGAUGAGGUUAAUGGUGCAGUAUUUGGUACAUUGGCGUAGAUUCCCUUUCUUUGGGAUAGGGAUUAUUAUUGAUUUUGUCCACUGCAGUGGCUGGGUUUUCCUUUUCCAUAUCUUAUUGCACUUGUAAAUAGACAUCUGUAAGUAGCUUAAUGGGGAAGAGGGUGCUUUGUUGGUGGACUGCAUUGGAGUUGUGGGGGAGGCUGUUGUUGAGAGGAAAGGAGAGAGCCUGUUGUUGUGGGGGUGGGGAGGGGAGCGAGGGUCCUGCUGGUGUUUUGGGGAUGGAAAUAAAGUUUGGGGUUUGUUGAAAACUGUCUACAGUUUACGUGUUCUUGCUGUUGCACUGUUGGCCUGAGGUGUGUGGGCAACUGCACAGGCACCCUACUGCAGGGGAUGGUGAAGGAGGUGGUCUGCGAGCACCUUGUGGAUACAGUGCCCUGGCUGCCACUGCUAGGUGCAGUCUGAGGAGUGUCCAUGGUAUGCUGGGCACAGGCUCUUGGGACAGCAUCCUAGGGCUCUGUCAGCAAGCUGCAGACUUCUUGAGGCCAGAGAAGCUUGUGGCUGGGGAACAAAACAUGGGGCACCCUUUUAAAGAGCGAGGAUGGUGCCCAGGUGGCUGUGGCCAGCUGUGGUUGACUGUGGGCAUCUCUGGCUGGUGGUGGCUGGCUGCAGGCAGAGACUGGAGCUACAGUGGGACAGAGCAAGGCAAGAGCAUCCCUGGCAUAAACAGCUCUGAUCCAGCUCAAAUUGCUGUUGUCCUGGACCAUUGUGUAGAUGCUGUACCCAGAAGUAGUUUAAUCCAACUCAAAAUUCUCCAGAGUUUAUUGCUUCACAUUAAUUGCAUGUGUGAUAAUACAGAGGUCUCUGAUGAAAUCCCAGCCAAUAAAAUACAAAGAGGAGCCACAAAUAUUGUUGCUGCCUCAAAUUCCAAUUGUUAGGGAAGAUUUAUUCAUCACUAUGCUAUUCCCAUCAAACAUAUCUUCCUGAAUCCCAAAACUAUACUACACCAACCAUGUAUUUUUCAUUUUUUUUUUCAAAUAAAACAUCUCUCUGUAUCACUUUACAGAUUUUGUAAAGUGAAAGACUUGAUACAUAGCCCACUGAAGUCCUUGGAAAGACUUCCAUAGACUUCAGUAGCCUGUAGACCAGUCCCAAAGUGCAUGUCUAAGGAUAGAACACUGACUGUUCUGGGAUGUGUCCCAGCAUAGCUGAUCUACUUAAUUAGAUUGCCCAUUGUCCUGCCUGCUGAUUCUACAGGACAAUGGGUGACAUGUUACAAUGUUUAUUCGUUAUCCCUGUAGUGUGACACAGGUCAAGGCUGGGGGUGAAUUUUAGCUUGAUAGCACAGUGUUUCCCAUCCAGUGUGCCGUGACACAAAAAUGCCAUCAGAAAUGAAUAAAUGUGCCACAGAAUUUUGCAAUGGCAAUGUGCAACAAUGAGCUAUAAUAGGUAUGAGGAUGGGGAAUGUCUUAACAGGUGUGCUGCAGAAAAAUUUUAUUCAUGUAAGUGUGCCUUGGGCUGAAAAGGUUGGGAAAUGCUGUGAUAGCAGUUAGCUUAUACUUAUGGUUUAAGUUUAAACCAGAGCACCGGAAGUGGCUUUGAGGGGAGGAGUGGAGGCCACAGGAUCAGGAAGGAAUUUUACCCUUUGGUCAGACUGGUAUGGACUGUGGGGGUUUUGCCUUCCUUUUUAGCAGGGGAGCAUUGCCUGCUACCUGGGACCCCUUGAGCAUAUAUUGAAUCAACAAGGGUGUUAGGUCUAUAUUGUCUCAAGGUUGAGGGUAGUCUUAUGUAGAAUUUAGAUCAUGAUUGUAUAGGAUGGUUGGAAUAGAUUGUAUAGUAUGGUUGGGAUAAAUUAUGAUUGCAUAGAAUGGUUGGGAUGAUCCUGUCUCAGGCAGGGGGUUGGCCUAAAUGACCUCUAGAGAUCCUUUCCAGCCCUAUUUCUCUAUGACUCUGUGACAAGACUGUAAACUGAAGCUCCAAGCCUACAGCUAAAAAAGACUGAGUAAGCAGGGCCAGAUGCCAAGAGGGCAGAGGCUAAGACCAGAGGGCUGAAGGGCCUAGAGCCUGAACAGGUGAGACCAGGGCUGGAACCCAGCAGCCAAGGUAUGGGGCAAUGGAUCUGGGCUGAGGGGCCCAGCCAGAAAAAGAGAGCCAGGGCUGGAAGGCCAAAGUGUGGAUAGAGGUUUAAAGCUUGAGGGGCCAAGUGCUGUGUUGGGGGUCAAGAGCUCCCUUCAAAUCUAUACCAAGUGACACUUGUGAGGCAUGGGGUGUGGCUAUAGGGUAGGACAGAAGUCAUGAUUCUAGCCCUUAAGGUAAUAAGGGCAGUUGGGGCUGGAGCCCCAGUGAUGGAUAGACUGUGUGGCCAAGGUAGGAAGAACAUCCUGAGCUUGCUGGUUUCUGAGGGCAGCCCCCACACUUUAACAUCAAAGUGUGGCAGAAGAGACAGGAGGGUAGAACCCAGAGAGGCCAGAGUAGGGCAGGAUCAAGACAACCACUAAUGGGCAACACAGUCACUGUCACAGCCUGUCCUGCUACAGUAGUCUAAUAAACAUCAGAUCCUCAAAAGAAUAUUCCCAUAUUCCAGUGAAACAAGGACACUGCAACAGAAGACUACAGUAAAAGCUUGCAAUGAAAUUAAAAGUUGAAUUAUUCAUGUUGUCCUGGUUCUGUUCAGGUGCAAAGGAAGGAAGGGGUGAAAAACCCCUGCUCUGCCCCCUCUCCUCAUAAGUUUGUUUCUGCUCCCUGACAUAGCCCAGGCAGAAAUUAGAAAUGGUAGGGCUGGCUCUGGUUUACAGUAGUUGAAGACAGGUGUACGGGGGUUCUGCUGCACCACACCUGUUCCUAUGAUGAUGAUGAACAGACUGGGCCAAUGAAUGCAAUCAUAAAUUUGAUCCUGGAAAAGGAUCUUCACCUUUUUGCCUCAAACUUCUAGUUCCACAGCAACAGAAUGAGAAGUCAAGUUUGGCCCUCAGAUUUCAACUAUCCUACCCAAUGUUUUCCAUAGACAAGUCAAUCCGGGAAAAAGCAGAUUCAGGUUUUCAAACCACACACACUAACUAUUCCACCAAAUAUUUCAGCACAAGAGGAAAAAGGGAAAUGGAGGAACUAAAGGGAUAAAGAAAGAGGCAAGAAAAUGAUAUUUAAUGAAAUUAGAAUGGAUUGGUUUUCAAUCUGUAACUGUAACUUUUAUAACAGUCUAAUCUUCUGUUGUUAACAUUUUAUAAAAUUAUUGUAAGAAUGUCAGAAGAUGCAAAAUAAAUUAAUUCCUAUUUUUUUAA